AUGGACGAGGGCGAGGUGGUGGAGGAUUCCGAGAAACAGGCUCUCAACUUCGGUCACCCGAGACUGCGACGCUCGGCUGUUGCCGCUGGUACCGGGGGUGCCAGUGGUGGAGGUGGAGGUAGCAGCAGCAUACGGUUACGGCGCCAACGGUCACCAGGGGGAGUCGCGCGCCCGUUUGGUAGCCACCACAGUAGCGGUGUCGCUGCCGUUAAACGCUGGAGCGUACCCCCUCCCGGUACCAAUAACGACGACCUCCCCCUCCUCGCCAGAUCACCGGUGACAACGGAACUCAAGCGAAACAGACGGAGCUCGUCCGAUGCUGCCGCUGGUGCGUCCUCAGCACGAGCAAACGUCUUAAUAACGGCGCAGUCCGACAAGACGUCACUACAAGGCGCAUCAGUAGUCAUAGCGCCGCCCAGUAGGAGAAGCAGUAACGGUCAUGCUGCCGGUGGAACCGGCGUCCUCCGUCAAGCACCAGAGGUCGUCGGGAGAUGCGCGAGUGGAGAUGCUGAAGGACAACGCGGGCGUGGCGGGAGUCGUAGCAGCAGCAGCAGUGAGUGGACGACGCCCGAAACCGACGUCGCGCGUUGUCACCAUCCGCGUGCUGUUUUAGGGACCUCUGGCACGAGCCAGAAGCCGCGGCGCGAGGGGCACACCGGGGACAUGAGGGGCUCAUCGUGCAGUAAGAACGGGGACGUGUGCCGUAGGGACUCGGCCGGUGGUGCUGGUUCCGGUAUCGCCGGUGGUGGUCUCGUUUCCGCCAAGACGGAGAAGCAGCAGCAGCUGCAUCAUAGCGCGAGCUCCGGUUCUUCAGGCGCGCAGACGGCCGACGGAGGUCACGCCAACAUCAAUAACAACAAGCAGCAAACCGCGAUGAUGUGUCACGCGCAGGGUUCGAACACGGCAGCCGUCAGCGGUGUGUUGGCGCCCGCACCUGACAGCGGUGGUGGAAUAAUCGGCGGAGGACUGAACGUUAACACACCACUGUCACCGGGGUCGACAACGCCUAAACGGGACUCCAAGGUGUCAUUCAGCAACGCGUCCAGUCGCAAAGCCUCGACGUCCGUGGUGCACCCGGUUAACCACCACGCGCAGCCCCGAAACUCAGUCACCUUCCAAAAGAAGGAAUUUUCGGACGGGCCGCCGAUCACGGCCGCCACGACACCCGGGGAUGGGGAACCCGAGGUCCGGGCGUCUCAGGCUGAGACGUUUAUGCAACGGCAGUUUAGCCACAUGCUACAACCCGGGGUGAACAAAUUCAGUCUGCGGAUGUACGGGAGUACCAAGGGCAUUGAGAAGGAACAGGAACGACUCAAGAGCGCGGGGAACUGGAUCAUCCACCCCUACAGCGACUUCAGGUUCUAUUGGGACUUCACGAUGCUGCUCUUCAUGGUGGGUAACCUGAUCAUCAUCCCCGUGGGCAUCACCUUCUUCAAGGACGAGACCACCACGCCCUGGAUCGUCUUCAACGUCAUCUCCGACACAUUCUUCCUGGUGGACCUCGUGCUCAACUUCCGCACCGGGAUCAUCGUGGAGGACAACUCCGACAUCAUCCUGGAUCCCAAGACCAUCAAGAUGAAGUACCUGAAGACCUGGUUCAUCGUGGACUUCAUCUCCAGCAUCCCUGUGGACUACAUCUUUCUCAUCGUUGAGAAGGGCAUCGACUCGGAAGUCUACAAGACGGCGAGGGCGCUGCGGAUUGUGAGGUUUACGAAGAUCUUGAGUCUGCUGCGGCUGCUACGACUGUCCAGACUGAUACGUUACAUCCACCAGUGGGAGGAGAUCUUCCACAUGACCUAUGACCUGGCGAGUGCGGUGAUGCGCAUCUUCAACUUGAUCGCCAUGAUGCUGCUGCUGUGCCACUGGGACGGCUGCCUCCAGUUCCUGGUGCCCAUGCUGCAAGACUUCCCCUCCGACUGCUGGGUCUCGCUCAACAAGAUGGUGAACGACACGUGGAGUCAGCUCUACUCCUUCGCCGUCUUCAAGGCCAUGAGCCACAUGCUGUGCAUCGGAUACGGUCGCCAAGCGCCCGAGAGCCUCUCCGACCUCUGGCUCACCAUGCUCAGCAUGAUUGUCGGUGCUACGUGUUACGCUGUCUUCAUUGGACACGCCACCGCGCUGAUCCAGAGUCUGGACUCAUCGCGGCGGCAGUACCAGGAGAAGUAUAAGCAAGUGGAGCAGUACAUGUCCUUCCACAAGUUGCCGGCCGACUUCCGGCAGAAGAUCCACGACUACUACGAGCACCGCUACCAGGGCAAGAUGUUCGACGAGGAGAGCAUCCUGGAGGAGCUCAACGAGCCCCUUCGAGAGGAAAUCGUGAACUUCAACUGCCGCAAGCUGGUGGCCUCCAUGCCUCUCUUCGCCAACGCCGAACCCAACUUCGUAACCGCCAUGCUUACCAAGCUGCACUUCGAGGUCUUCCAGCCUGGUGAUUAUGUGGUCCGCGAGGGCACGAUCGGGAAGAAGAUGUUCUUCAUUCAGCACGGCGUGGUCAACGUGCUCACCAGAGGGACGCUGGGCAUGAAGCUCUCCGACGGCAGCUACUUCGGAGAGAUCUGUCUGCUGACGCGGGGUCGGCGCACGGCGAGUGUGAAGGCCGAGACCUAUUGUCGCCUCUUCUCCCUCUCCGUGGACCACUUCAACGAGGUGCUGGAGGAAUACCCCAUGAUGAGGCGCGCCUUCGAGACGGUGGCCAUCGACAGACUAAACCGGCUCGGCAAGAAGAACUCCAUCCUGAUCCACAAGGUGCAGAACGACCAACCGGGUGGCAGUGGAGGAAGUGGAGGAGGCGGAAGUACAGCAAUGUUGAACCCCCUGGAGAACGACCUGAUCCAGGAAAUAGUCAAGAUCGACCGAGAGAUGGUGAAGCUGGUGGACUUGCGGGCCCGGCCGCGUGCCAUGUCGAUGUUCGGGGCCCUAGGCGGCAUGGGAGGAGGGCCCCCCGGGGCGGGCGGUUCAGCCAUCGCCAGUCUGCAGCAAGCGGUGGCCAUGAGCUUCUGCCCCACCAUGGGCAGCCCUCUCGCCACCAUGGGCAGCCCUCUCGCCGGUCCUCCGUCUCUCCAGUCUCCUCGUAUGGUUCGCCGCUUCCAGGUCCUCCAGAACGUCAACAGUCCUCCCGUGGCCGCCCUCUCCCCGCUGGCGGGCACCAUUCCGAUGGCGUUCGGCCUGCCCUCCUCCCCGCCCGUACAAAGCCCGCUCGCCGCACCCACAGGCUCCAGAAGCUUCCACUGCGUCGGAGGGGUGAGGUCGGGGUCACAGCUUUCACUCGUCCAGCAGCAGCAGCAGCAGCAAGGCAUCAUGGGAGGAGUUGUGGCAGGAAGUCCCACGGUGGCCUCUUCGCACGGCGGCAGCCUGAGGCUCAAGUCCGGCUCGCAGCUCUCACUGGUGCAGCAGGCAGCAGGAAGUCCGACGGUGGUUUCGCCUGCUGCACUGAAGCUGAAGUCGGGAUCGCAGCUGUCCCUGGUCCAGCAGCAAGGGAUCAUGGGAGAUGGAGGCAGAGCGGCGGCAGGAAGUCCGACGGUGGUUUCGCCUGCUGCACUGAAGCUGAAAUCGGGAUCGCAGCUGUCCCUGGUCCAGCAGCAAGGGAUCAUGGGAGAUGGAGGCAGAGCGACAGCAGGAGCAGGAAGCCCCACCGUGGUGUCGCUCAAGUCCGGAUCGCAGGUCUCCUUGGUGCAGCAGCAGGUGGUGGUGGGUGUGGCCGGGAGCGGGGCUGUGGGGAGUCCAACAAUGGUUUCCCCGGCGACGAGUGGCACAAGUUUGGUUGGCCUGGCGACGAAAUUGAAGUCCGGAUCGCAACAGUCUCUUGGCCAGCAGCAGCAGCAGCAGUUGGAGAGCCGUGUAAGGAACCGUGUGUGA